UGACUCUGACGCUGUCUGGGCCGUAGAUCUUUCUGCUCCAGGUCUGCGUGUUUUUUCUGUUAUUGGGCUGAUUUCACUGGUGGACGCUGUUUUGAGAACAUCAUACAGCUGCACUGCUGCUGCCGUCAUACUCUCAGCUUUUAUGUAACUUAAUCCCCCGUCAAAUACUGCUGGUUUUCCUGCCUGUUUACAUCAAGAAAGAAGCUUCUGAAACGAAGGACAGUGUCUCGAUGGAGGGAGAUGAUGGCGACUUCCUCCCUGAUUCAUCAGAGCACUCUCAGUCCCAGCGAGGAAGUGUGGCUUCUUCAGUCACCAGAGCUCAGGAUUUGUUGGUGUACUUGGCGAGCGACAGUGCAGUGCACUUGACUUUGGAGGGUCUCGGUUGUAUGAAUGCGCAGGAGCUCGGCCGCAAUGUCCGAGAAGCCCUCAACAUUCCCAGCACUGCCGUAGAUGUGUUCGCUUUCUGGUUCUGCUCUCCUUUGCUUGACCUGCAGUUGAAGCCGAAACAUUUGCCCUACAAGCUGUGUCGUCAGUGGCAAGACCUGCUGUAUCGCUUUACCGACGCCCCCCAAGAAGACAUUUCUCAAGAUGAGCCAUGUCUUCUGUACAAAAGAAAUGUUUUUUAUCCCAAGUCAAAAGAACUUCAGAUUGAAGAUGAAGGAGUUUUGAGGCUACUCUAUGAAGAGGCCAAGAUGAAUAUCUUAGAGGGUCGUUACCCCUGUGACCCAGAACACUGGCUGAGAUUGGGAGCUUUGUCCUGUGCCAUUGAGCUGGGGACUGGACUUGAUGACCAGGCUCUAACAGUGGCUAUCAGGGAGAAGAAGCUGCCAUCAUUCCUACCGGCCCACGCUGCAUUAGGAGGUGGAGGUUUUCUGUCCACACUGAGGGGGAGAGGUGGGAGGAAUGCAGAGAUGGAGCAAAAUCUUAUAAAGGAGUAUCGUUCAGUCUGUUCCUCUGCUGCCGCUGGCUCUAGUCUGGAGCACAUCGCUCUGCUGCACCAAUACCUCAGGAGCUGCCACACCCUGCCUUACUACGGAUGUGCUUUUUUCAUGGGGGAGAUAGACAAGCCAGCCCAGGGUCUUCUUCACAGAGGUGGCCGUAAGGCAGUGAGUGUGGGCAUCAGUCUGGAAGGAGUGUACGUCAUGGAUGUGAAAGAGAAGCACGUCCUCCUUGGUCUCAAGUUCAGUGAGCUUUCCUGGGAUCACAGCUAUCCUGAGACAGAGGGAGACUCCCAUAUACUCUGGUUGGAGUUUGAUGGAGAGGAGGCUGGCAUGCCUGUCAACAAGUUAUUAAAGAUUUAUUCAAAAAAGGCUGAACUAAUGAGUGGUCUUAUUGAGUUUUGUGUGGAGUUGCGCUCUGUUGGCGAGUCAGCAGCUGCUGGUACUGACGGUGAGCUCACACCUUCCCCAGAACCUACGGGUCGGGAAACCAAUGAGAAAACCCGAGAGCGACGGCAGGGGAAAAUGCGCAGGCAGAGCAGCGUGGUCUGUAACCGAGUCCAUUCACUCAACACCAUCAGCUACGUUGAUGAUGGCAAAGAGAUUAAACGUCUGAAGCCCAAAAGAGCUGCUUCUUUCUUCACGCGACCGGCUCAGUCUCCCACUUACUCUGCAGUUCAGGUGACUGAAAGUUUGGAGCAAGGAUGAGCCCCAGCUUCAACACUGCCCUCUUCUGCCCGGUGACCAGAACUACAUCUGUCUAUAUAGAUCCUCAGAGACACUGUGCAAAACCAUCUGAAUGGACGGAUCGGACCAAGAUCACAGACUGAAGAGCUAAACCAGUAUUUAUAGAUAAUUUGUGUGUUAUGUCACAGUUUUAAGUUAAAGCUCUUUGUUGGCUGUUGAAAGCGAAUGUGAAAUUUGCUUCAAUAAUGCUGUUUUGUUAAACUAAUUUAAAGAUAUUUUGGUUGCAAGGGCAAGACUAUGAGACACAAUCCGAAAGCUCUGUUUAGGUCACUGUUCUGAAUGUAGAUUCUACUAUGCAAACAUCAAACGAAACUACAUCCCAGUGGCUAUAAAUCAAGAGUACAGUAGUCCAGCACUUUAAUCCAUGUCACUAAUACUGCUAAUACUAAACCUGCUGCACCAAAGCAAAGAGUCAUUGCCUCUAGUAUAGGACAUCCACUCCUAUAUGCAAAACCAGGGCUGCUGUCUGUGGCAAAGCAUUGCAAAGACAGCGCAGACUGAGAUUAUGACAUUCUAUGCUACUUGUCUGCUGUAUGUGUGUAUUGUUUUUGCUCUCUGUUUACUACAGGGCUUGUUUGCAUAUGCAAACUUCUUAUUUGUACGAUUUUUUUUUUUUUUUUGUUCAGUGGUGACCAAAGGUAAAUCAUGACUCAACACAUUAAGUGCAGUUGACUGUAGUAGUGGUCCCACUACCUUGUUGCUCUGGAGAAUCAUAUCUUUCUGAUGGUGUGCAUGUAAUGCACUGCUGAAAACAAUCCAGGUCAUAUGUGAGCAUAAUCUGCAUUUGUAAAGCAGAGAGAAUUGUGUUUAAUACAUUGAAUCACCAGUUCUGUAGGUGCUUGAUGAGCAAUAGGUGAUUCCAGUCUUAGAGCUUGAAUGUACCUAACUAUAUGAAAUGUAUAUUUUUUACGAUAAUAAUAGUAAUAGGGCCCGACAUUAACAAUUGUCCAGGACGGUUAGAAGAAAAAUGUCAAAGGAAGUCAUUUAAUCAUAACCUCUGAUUCUGAAUGUCCAGUUAUUCUCCCUUUGACAUCAUUACCAAACAAUUUAGGAACUUUACUGAUGUUUUGAAUUGUGAAGAAUUACUAAAUGAAUGAAUUUGUUCAUUAUACCUCCUGUUUUGGUAAUCGAUGUCAAUGCACUGCGCUUAUUUAUUUAUUUUUUUUAACAAAUGACUUAAUUGUUCUUAAACGUACCUGUCAAAUCUUAAGGUCGAGCCCUACAUUAACAGGUCAUCAGUUACCAAACACAAUUCUGUAUUUAUCAGUGCAUGACAUCUAUUGUCUUAAAUUGAUUUUGUGGUGUGCAUGUUGUUUUGUGAAUGUUUCUUUAUCUGCUUGCACUCGAUCACAUUUAAAAGUGUGGAAAAUGAAAACUGUUGCAUCACAAGCUGAGCUGUGAAUGGAAACCAGCCAGCUGAAUGGAGCAAAACGAUCAGUACACCCACUACAUUUCUGUAUUUAUGCAAAACACUUGUUGUCAAGAUUUUAAUCCUAAAAUGCUUAUUCCCGUUUUUUUUACGUUCUGUACCUUAUUAUAUAUUCCACUCUAAAACUAAUCCAAUGUUUAUAUUUCAAUAUGAAGAUCACACACACUGUGUACCUACUAACUGUGCUGUAGAUAGUCACAUCCGUGUUAUAGAAAUACUGAAUCUUUCGAAUUUAAAGUGCCUUUUUUUUUUUAAUUUAAUCUGUUGAUAGUUGUAUUGUUGUUAUCUGUCUUUUGAAAUUGCAUCUCCACUACCUUCUGUUGUUUAUGAGGCUUUAUACACAAAUUUCACUACCCACAUUUUUAUUGUAAAAUUAACAAAAAAAAAACAUUUAUAUGCAACACUAAACCUUUUUAUUCCCACUUUGCACUAACUUCUGGCAUACCUAUCAGUAAAUAAAUUUCUAUAUUAUGGAUUGUUUAUUAAUGUUUUAUUUAAACGAACUAUGCCUGUAAUAAGGUCUUUGAUGUGUAGUAGAAUUAAAUCUUGAGGAGAAAAAGAAGGAACGAAAUAAAUGUAACAAACUAAA